AUGUCUAUCUAUGCUUUGACAUUCCAGACGCAGGCAGGCAGUUACUGUUGCGGCCGCAAGAAACGAGGAGAAGAGAUCAACCAAAAUCAAAUGUGUCCUGCAACAGUAGAAAACUUCAACCUCAACACAAUUUCUCAGGCAUAUGAUCCGUAUCAGUCAAGCAGAAAUGAAAACAAUGCAUCAAAGUCUUUGGUCAGAAACAAAAACAUUCAUCCAAAAAUAUCGAAGGAGGAAGACCUGGUAGCUCAGCUAGAAGAGAUGCGAGCGACGGUUGAAAGAGUUCAUAGUAAAAACAAGAAACUGUGGGAUGAAAACAAAAAACUAAAGGAAACGAUAUCUACAUAUAUGGAGAAUAAUGUCGAGAAAAACACAAAAGGGAGAUGUGACAUCGUAAAUGAUCCCAGAUCUCUUAAACACAUAGCCUCUAAAUUUGAUGAUAUAUACUGCACUGAAUGGGAACAAGCCUUCGACCUUCUAGAGUCCAUUCCUGUAGACGAAAUAGAAAUUUUAGUGUGUCUAAAGGAAAUUUUGGAGAGCUGUUAUGUUAUAUGCUUCAGCUUUAAAAGGAGGAACAAAUCAUACCAAGGGGUAAAAAUAACGCAGGCUGAAAAACAAGGAAAUAACCAACAACUGUUUUCGGAAUCAAUUUUACAGAGCCUACUGGACAUAUGUAAAUCUAUGAGAGGACAUGGGUUAAAAUGGCUUCAAAGUCAUAUUGAGCUUCAAAUUAAUGACAGACAUCCAAAAUGUGUCACUGAGACGAGCUGUAUCAACUCAGUAGGAGCUGCCCGAAACGAUCAACCAUCUCCAAGUGGUAAUGACAGCAAAAAGGAGAAAAAGAAUGGGGAGAAGGAAAACAGUACCAAGAAAGAAUCUGACCAGGAAAUAUCUUUGGCUAAAGAAAGCAGUAUCAGUAAUACGAUGGGCUGCAUCAACUCAAUAGGAGCUGCUCGAAACGAUCAUCUAUCUCCCAGUGGUACUGAAAGCAAAACAAAGAAGAACACAGAUAAGGAUACGAAGAUCAACAGUAGAACGACGGAGUCUGACGAGGAUAUAUCUUUAGUUACAUCUAAAUCUAAUUGUCAAGAAAGCAGUAUCAGUAAUGAGAUGGGCUGUAUCAAUUCAAGAGGAGCUGCUCGAAACGAUCAACCAUCUCCAAGUAGUAAUGACAGCAAAAAGGAGAAAAGGAAUAGGGAGAAGGAAAUCAGUAUCAAGAACAAAUCUGACCAGGAAAUAUCUUCGGCUCAAGAAAGCAGUAUCAGUAAUAGGAUGGGCAGAAUCAACUCAAUAGGAGCUGCUCGAAACGAUCACCUAUCUCCCAGUGGUGCUGAAAGCAAAGCAAAGAAGAACAACAAUAAUGAGACGAAGAAUAACAGUAGAAAGACGGACUCUAAAAGGAAUAAAUCUUUGGUUACAUCAAAAUCGAAUUGCCAAGAAAGCAGUAUCAGUAAUGAGAUGGGCUGUAUCAACUCAAGUGGAGCUGCUCGAAACGAUCAACCAUCUCCAAGUGGUAGUGGCAGCAAAAAGGAGAAAAAAAAUAUGGCGAAGGAAAACAGUAUCAAGAAAGAAUCUGACCAGGAAAUAUCUUUGGCUCAAGAUUGCAGUAUCAGUAAUAAGAUUAGCAGUAUCAACUCAAUAGGAGCUGAUCGAAACGAUCACCUAUCUCCCAGUGGUGGUGAAAGCAAAGCAAAUAAGAACAACAAUAAGGAUACGAAGAAUAACAGUAGAAAGACGGAAUCUAAAAAGAAUAAAUCUUUGGUUACAUCAAAAUCUAAUUGCCAAGAAAGCAGUAUUAGUAAUGAGAUGGGCUGUAUCAACUCAAGCGGAGCUGCUCGAAACGAUCAACCAUCUCCAAGUGGUAAUGACAGCAAAAAGGAGAAAAAAAAUAUGGCGAAGGAAAACAGUAUCAAGAAAGAAUCUGACCAGGAAAUAUCUUUGGCUCAAGAUUGCAGUAUCAGUAAUAAGAUGGGCAGUAUCAACUCAAUACGAGUUGCUCGAAACGAUCAACUAUCUCCCAGUGGUGCUAAAAGCAAAACAAAUAGGAACAAAAAUAAGGAUACGAAGAAUAACAGUAGAAAGACGGAAUCUAAAAAGGAUAAAUCUUUAGUUAAAUCUAAAUCUAAUUGUCAAGAAAGCAGUAUUAGUAAUGAGAUGGGCUGUAUCAACUCAAGCGGAGCUGCUCGAAACGAUCAAUCAUCUCCAAGUGGUAUUGACAGCAAAAAGGACAAAAAAAAUAUGGCGAAGGAAAACAGUAUCAAGAAAGAAUCUGACCAGGAAAUAUCUUUGGCUCAAGAUUGCAGUAUCAGUAAUAAGAUGGGCAGUAUCAACCCACUAGGAGCUGCUCGAAACGAUCACCUAUCUCCCAGUGGUGCUGAAAGCACAACAAAGAAGAACAUAAUUAAGGAUACGAAGAAUAACAGUAGAAAAACGGAAUCUAAAAAGAAUAAAUCUUUGGUUACAUCAAAAUCUAAUUGCCAAGAAAGCAGUAUCAGUAAUGAGAUGGGCUAUAUCAACUCAAGAGGAGCUGCUCAAAACGAUCAACCAUUUUCAAGUAUUACUGAAAGCAAAAACAAAACGAAGAUGAAGAACAAAACCAAGGAGAAAAAGGAAAGCAGUACCGAGAAGGAAUCUGACCAGGAUAUAUCUUUGGCUACAACGAAGUUUAGUUGUCAAGAAAAUAGUAUCGUUACAGCCGGAAAUGCUGAAAAACGUAGAAAUAUAAAAUUAAGCAUUCAUCGCCUCAUCGAAAGAAUGCCAGAUAUUUUACAGAAUAGCAUUUUGAAAGCAUACAUUAAUGCCUGUUUGAAAAGUUGCUUGGAAGCAGUCAGCUGCGAGCCGCAAUUAAAGCUUAAGUUUUCGCUACAGAAUAGGUCAUAUGCUGAAGUUAAAUCAAUGUACAGAUAUAAACAAUAUAUUUUUGAUUCUUCGUUUUCCAACAAAAAUGUGAAAGAUGACGAGAGUAUAUUAGUUGUUUGGCCUGCCGUAUCUUGUGAAGAUCAAAGUGGUAAUGAAAGUGUAAUUGAAACUGAAAAUGCAUGGGUUAUUGUAAAUAAUAUAUAA